AUGGAAGGAGGAGAAGGAGGAGGAGGAGGAGGAGGAGGAGGAGGAGGAGGAGGGGGUGUUGGUGGUUUCUGCCUUGGAAAUUUACCAAACAACCCCUCCAUACGUAGACCAACUACACCAUUAACAGCAGUGGACAGGUUCUUAUGGGGUCGAAGCCAUUUCUCAGAGCAACAGACUCAAAGCAAUGUUAAGAACAAUGAAACACUGAUUUCUACAAAUGGGUUGUUUGAUUUAUCUUCAUCUAAUGGUGCAAUUGCUGGUGUUCCAUGGCCAUGUUUCCCAGAGAUAAACUUCGAUGAUGGAGAUAGUCUCAAUUGGACAUGCGAAGGAAACCCUAACGCUGGUUUGGAAGGAGAAGUGAAGGCUUCAGGAGGGAUUUCUAAAGGGCAAGGAAAGAAAGCCAAGAAAGUCUCUUGUCCAACUCUGAUCAAGGGGCAGUGGACAGAAGAAGAAGACAGGAAACUAAUUAGGCUGGUGAAGCAAUUUGGAGUAAGAAAAUGGGCUCAAAUAGCCGAGAAGUUGGCCGGUAGGGCUGGAAAGCAGUGUCGCGAGAGAUGGCACAAUCAUUUACGGCCCGAUAUCAAGAAAGAGAGCUGGAGCGAAGAAGAGGAGAUGAUUUUGGUUGAAGCACAUUCCAAGGUUGGGAACCGAUGGGCCGAAAUCGCAAAACUCAUUCCUGGAAGAACUGAAAAUGCUAUAAAGAAUCACUGGAAUGCUACAAAAAGAAGGCAAAAUUCAAGGAGAAAGAACAAGCAAACAGAAAAUAAAAUUGCAAAGCCUCAUUCUUCAAUACUUCAAGACUACAUUAGAAGCAAGAACCUCAAAAACCCUUGCGCUACUACUGUAAUUACCUCUUCCCAUAGCACAGCCACAGCCAUCAAUACACCCUCAAGCUCCACCACAUCAGAUGAUCCAUCAAGCCAAUUCAACUACAUUCUCCCUGAAUUAUCUGAACCCACUGUGGAUGACUCUCCUCCAUUGAUCACUCAAACAUAUGAUGAUGAACUUCUCUUCCUACAAAAUUUCUUCACUAACAAUUCUAUGGAGCCGUCCGUAGAAGAAGUUGGAAUCAAGAAUCUAAUGGAAAUGGAAACCAGCAGCAAUGUUGAUCAUCAGCUCAAGAAUUCAUCAAUUGUCUUGGACCCUCUUGGUUUAUAUCAAAACAAUGGUGAUCAGCAGCUAGCUGAUGCAAGUGAUCAAUGUGACUUUUUUCCUUCUGCUUUGACGUCUACAAAUAUGGGCCCAAAUGGCCUCCAAGCAGAAGAGAGACCUACUACCCACCUAUAUUCAGAUCUUUAUCUCUCUUAUCUACUGAAUGGAGCAGCCGCAUGUUCGUCUUCCAUUGACUAUGGAUAUGGUAAUAGCAUGAACAUGGAGUUGGUGAUAGAUCAAACUUGUUCAAAUGGAAAGAAAGAGAUGGAUUUGAUAGAGAUGGUUUCUUCUUCUCAUUUCUCUCAAGGUAGCAACAGUACAUAGUUUAUGAUCAACCUCUAGCCAGCUUCUGUGGGUUUAACUAAUUAUGGUCCUUAAUUAAUGUCUCCCGUUUCUUAGUAUAUUAGGUUAAAAUUUUAAGGGUUCUAUUGGUUUUAGUUCAAGUUAUUGGCAUCAAUUGAGUGAGUCAGGCUAGGCAUGUGAGAUACAAUAGAAACUGUUAAAGAAUGAGAGAAGUUUGUUGUGGUUUGGUGAGUGGUGGUAGUGAGGAGCGUUUCUUGAUUUUAUCGUUGAGUAUUAUAAUGGUAUGUGGACAAGUGGUGCUUGUUUUCUGUU